AUGGCAGAAACCAAUAACAUCUUAUUCGAAGAUCGGUUCAUUGUGGAUGAAGUAGAUAAAGGUGGUAAGAAAUUCGAUAGAGUAUCAAGAAUAGAAGCAACAUCUCAAAAUUCAAGAAUGUCUUUAGUACUCGAUAUAGCGAAUGAACUUUAUCCUUUAAAUCCUAGAGAAACUUUCACAUUAGCUUUAGCUAGAUCAUUAUUGAGUGAAGGUGAACAAAUUGAUGGUGAUGCGGAUUUAGAUGGGGAAGAAAAUGGUGGUGGUGGUGGUGGGAAAAAAGUGAAAAGAGAAUUAUGGAGAGGUGGUGAUCAAGGUUUGGCAGAUGAUUAUGAAUAUGUCAUGUAUGGUAAAGUUACUGGGAUAACGGCCUAUAUAUCCUUCGGUGGUCUCUUAAUGGCACUCAGAGGUCCAUAUAGACAUUUGACAGGAAUAACUGUCGGUCAAAAUGUUUAUCUUCUCAUACGAAAAUGA